AUGGGAAAGACGCAAAUAUGGCAAAAAAGCAAAUAUGGCAAAAAUGCAAAUAUGGCAAAAACGCAAAAAUGGCAAAAGCGGAAAUAUGGCAAAAACGGUAAUAUGGCACAAACGGAAAUAUGGCAAAAACGGAAAUAUGGCAAAAACGGAAAUAUGGCAAAAGCAGAAAUAUGGCAUAAGCGGAAAUAUGGCAAAAGCAGAAAUAUGGCAAAAUCGAAAAUAUGGCAAAAUCGGAAAUAUGGCAAAAACGGAAAUAUGGCAAAGACGCAAAUAUGGCAGAAACGCAAAUAUGGCAAAACGCAAAUAUGGCAAAAACGCAAAAAUGGCAGAAACGCAAAAAUGGCAAAAACGCAAAUGUGGCAAAAACGCAAAUAUGGCAAAAACGCAAAUAUGGUAAACGCAAAUAUGGCAAAUUGCAAAUAUGGCAAAUCGCAAAUAUGGCAAAUCGCAAAUAUGGCAAAUCGCAAAUAUGGCCGAUCGAAAAUAUGGGAAAAACGCAAAUAUGGGAAAAACGCAAAUAUGGGAAAAAUGCAAAUAUGGGAAACACGCAAAUAUCGGAAAAAAGCAAAUAUGGGAAAAACGCAAAUAUGGGAAAAACGCAAAUAUGGGAAAAACGCAAAUAUGGGAAAAUCGCAAAUAUGGGAAAAAUGCAAAUAUGGGAAAAACGCAAAUAUGGGAAAAACGCAACUAUGGCAAAAACGCAAAUAUGGCAAAAACCCAAUUAUGGGAAAAACGCAAAUAUGGGAAAAACGCAAGUAUGAGAAAAACGCAAAUAUAGGAAAAACACAAAUAUGGGAAAAACACAAAUAUGGGACAAAACGCAUAUAUGGGAAGAACGCAAAUAUGGGAAAAAUGGAAAUAUGGGAAAAACGCAAACAUGGGAAAAACGCAAAUAUGGGAAAAACUCAAAUAUCGGAAAAACGCAAAUAUGGGAAAAACGCAAAUAUGGGAAAAACGCAAAUAUAG